AUGGCUAAAUCACACAGAAAACGCCGCAAAAAGCCUCCCACCUUCACCACCAAGAAUUCCAAUAUUCGGAAAUCUUCACCAAGUUGCCCGCUUAAGCAUCCCGCAACGUGGAUUGAGAGCAUUGGCUCAAAUAUGUGGUCCGGUGAUGCGGCUCUGGCUAGGUCGAAGAGAAGUAAUCGUGAUCUCUUCCGCGGAGUUUCCAGGCUUCUGAUGACCAAGAUGUUUCAAUCAUUCAGAAGCCUACGUGAAGAAGAGAUCAUCAACAUGUUGGGGAGCAUUAGGGAAUCUUGUUUUUCAGGUUCCACUGUACACAUAAAUGAGAUUUUAGUGAAGUUUAGUAAUAACAUAAUCUCUUCCACAGCCAUUGGGAAGAGGUACUCAGAAUUGAAAAAUGGGAAUCAGUUUCAGGAGUUGUUUUUGGAGUGCACAAUGAUUUGUGGGUAUCCAAAUAUUACCGAUUUCAUCCCUUGGCUUGGAUGGCUUAAUCGGAUCAAUUGUAUGGAGUCAAAGGUGAAUAGGAUUGCAAAAGAAGUGGAUGAAUACCAAGAAAGUAUUGUUGAACAAGGUGUUGAAAAAAUGAUGAGCAGCAGCAGUAUUGACGAAGCACAUAUUUGCACUAAUGUCUCCGAUUGGUAUUGA